CUUUCCUUCCGGAACUCCGGCCGUGGUCUGCAGCUCGGGGCGGCGCAAGCGCGUUUCCUGUCAGGCCCGACAUGCCGAGCACGCGCGCUGCCCGUGACCCGCUGUCCCGCCGUGACAGCGGCUGCAGCUCCGCUUCCAUGGCAAGCGUCUUCCUGGUGGUGGCCCUCGUGGCUUUCCCCGCAGGCUGCUCCAUAGGUCCCGAGGAGAGCUGUCAGCUGCGGCCCGUGAUACACGUGCUCAAGCAGCCAGGCUGCCAGCCCAAGCCCAUACCGUCAUUCGCUUGCCAGGGAUCGUGUUCGUCCUACGUCCAGGUGUCCGGCUCCCGUUACUGGCAGGUGGAGCGGUCGUGCAUGUGCUGCCAGGAGAUGGGCGAGCGCGAGGCCACCAAGGCGGUGUUCUGCCCGAAAGGACCGGGCCCCAAGUUCCGCAAGCUGGUCACCCGGGCGCCGGUCGAGUGCAUGUGCCGACCGUGCACGGCACCGGACGAAGCUUCGGUUCUGCCCCAAGAGUUCGUCGGCCUCUGACACACCCAGUAUGUGCAACUGAGUAGGGGAAGAAAACAGAAAUAAACCCAUUCCAAUCCCACGCAAGGCGGGAUGUUGCGGUCCGUUACGUUUUCCCCAUUAUGUGACUAAAGACAUUAAAAAG